AUACCUAUAGUCUUUACUUAUCCAGUAUUUCCGUACUACAUCCCACGUCCGCUGUCUUCCUCACAAAUCAUUCCUAUACGUCUAUAUUCUAUUUAUUUUAACAACAGCAACCACAACGGGUCAUCUCUCUUUUAUGUGAAUGCCCACAUUUCUAAAUCCUUCGUUUGCAUAUUUUUUCUUCGUUUUCUCUCGUUUUUCUUCCGCCAUCAACAACGUUUGCUAAACGUUACUUAUACUAAAAUUUAGGCUUUCAGUAUGUCAAACCAGGAACAAACUCAGUCAGCGAGCGCUACGGACACAGAUAACUUUACACUUGACCUUGUUGCGAAAGAAUGGAUGGCUAAAAAGAUUGCUGAGGAAAUUGAACGGUUAAAAAAACAGGGUGCUAAAGCAGUUCCUCUUACAGUUAAAAACACAAGCGUCGUACUUGACGAGGACACUGACACAGUUAUUAAUCGAAUUGAACUGAAUACCUCUUUUGAUUUUUCACGCAUAGAACAAAUCAUGCUUUCUCCUCCUCAAUUAUAUCCACACAACGCAAACUUGCAGUUUGUUUUUGUUCUCUGUUUUACGUGUCUUCCUCACCCGCUGAUUAUCCCUUACCUGUACGCUCCCAAACUUGUCGGCAAAAAUCUGCUUCCCCGUGCAGAUGGUCUCGUUGAAAAUACCCUGAAGCGUUGGGCAUUCAUCAAUGACAAGAUGGAGCGCGCCGACCAUGUGAUUCAUGAGUUUCAAGAUGUUACAGCUUAGAAUCUCUCGCACAACCAUUUCAAGAUCACUUGUGUUAAUAGAUUUGUUAGCUUGAGAGGCCAAGACACAGUAUAGUUCCAAUUGCACAAAAGCAUAGAAGAGCUGCGGCAUCCGGUAGACUGAAACAACACUCCUUAGUCUUCUCGGAACUCUCGCUCUUCUACUCGAGCCUUCCAUCUUAGUUGAUUACAUUCACCAAUAAUACUCUCUGUUUCGAAGUUCCCUCACUAAAUCCUUUAGCAAUAAAAAUAACAACUGGUAAAAACCGGCAGUA